AUGGGCGGUAAUGCUUUCGCACAUGCUGUGUCCGGCAAUACUCCAACGCUAUAUACACCGCGUGUGACCCCGAAGAAGUAUGAUCAGCUCAAACAACUAUACGAGCUCAAGCUCCGCCGACAUCUUCCUGGACGUCAAGUCAAUAUACUCAAAGAAGCACCGGAGAAGAGAGACUAUGGCGACCUAGACUUCGUUAUCGAAUCUGCACACGAGCCAGUAGACUGGCAGAUUCUUGCUGGUCAAAUCGGCGCUGCUGGCCUCAUCAUCCACAGCAGCGACAAGGUGCAAAGCUGUAGUGUUGCAGUGCCCAUGGAUGGAUCUGCGAGUGCCGGCUUCACGAUUUACAAACUCAAGCACAACUUGACUGGCCUAUCGAUGGAAGUCACGAAAGAGGAGUAUGCUCAGAUCGAUCUUGGAGUUGUGCCGAAGGAGCUUUUCGAGUGGCAUAGCUUCUAUUCUUCGUUUGGAGAUAUGUCUGGCAUGCUUGGCCACAUGGUUCACAAUCUCGGCUUCACUAUAUGCGAUCGCGGUCUCAUGCUUCGGCUUGCAGAACUGGAAGCUGCCAAGGACAUGACAUUCGUGAAUAUCCCAGACACAUGUGGCAAGCUUUUUCUUUCCAAGGACCCGCAGAAACUGUUGGAUUUCCUCGGAUUAUCAUACGACACCUAUCAGCAAGGCUUCGAUACCGCCGACGAUCUCUACCGAUGGUUAUGCCAGUGUAGACUUCUGUCGAAAGACAGCAUCAAAGUUAAACGAGACGACGCAAACGGGCGACAGAAAGAACGCAAACGGCCAGUGUACAGCACGUUCUUCAACGACUGGCUACCUGCCUACCUGGAGACUAGCGUCAAUCAUACAGCCGAUCCACAGCUCAUACCUGCAAGCUCCCGCUACAGUAGCCAGCGUCAAGAUCUCGCGCUCGAAGCGGUGGCCUUCUUUGACAAAAGGACGGAGUAUGAGCGGAUGAGCACUGCACUCGUUUAUAAGAUCAAGUCUCAGAGCGUCGAAAAUCUCCUAAAGCCGAUCAUAUCACAACACAGCGGAUUGAAAGAAAAGAAAUUGGCCGAAGUUGUGAGGAGCUUUCGUCGGUGGGUCGGAUUUCAGGGCGAGAUCCCCUACAUUCUCAACAGUCCAAACGAAGACGAGCAAUCGGAGCUGUACAAGUUCUUGGGUAAAGAAGACACGACGAAGCUGCGAGAUGAAGAGGGUGUCGGCGAGUGGGUGAAAGGAAAUUGGGAAAUGAUCAAAGCGUUGGAGCGAGAGCGUGCCAAAGUCUCAAAGUCUCCUGUUUGA